GAAGGGGUAAGGGCCAGGAUAGGGACAGGAGAGGGAGGAGGGGGGAGCCUGCUGUGCACUGGGGAGUAGGGAAGACUGAGGCAGCAGAUGGGCAAGCCCAUGACUUCCCUGGGCCCCCAGCUCUGCAGGGCAGCAUUCCUGGCAGCCAUCCUGCUGCUACUGCGGGUGAAGGAGGUGAAGCCUCAGAAAGGGAGCCCAAGCCCCAACGAGAGGAGUCAGAAAGAGAAAACAUCGUCUACAGACCAGGUUCAAGAGCAGUUCGAAGAGCACUUUGUGGCCUCCUCAGUGGGUGAGAUGUGGCAGGUGGUGGACAUGGCCCAGCAAGAGGAGGACAGGACAUCAGAGACGGCAACUGUUCGUGACCACCUAUUUGACCUAGCCUUCUGCUUUAAUCUGGCCAGCAUCAUGGUUUUUUUAUGAGGGACAUUGAGGCUGAGGUGGUGGCCUGGUUCCUGGAGGAGAACCUAGAUAUCUACCUCCGCUUCAUGUUAGCUUACUGAUCCUCUCUCCCAACUGGGCUCCAGGUGACUAUUCCCAACGGAGACGUACACACAGCUAACUGCCCCUUGCAAGUGGCCCUUUAUCUCAGGAUGCGGCAUCAGAGAGAUCCUGGAUCUGGCCUUUCAAUUGCCCAUCGUCAUCACCUGACCGCCUCCCCACGCUCUGAGCUCCAUCUCCCAGGGACAAAGACACCAGACUCCUGCGCUUCUCUCUCCCACGCUUCUCCUGGCUUUGCUCAGGACAGCAGAUUAGGGGGAGGAGCCAGCAACAGUAAAAGUAAUAGCAAUAAAAUCUUGAAAACAA